CUCGCGCGGGAUCGGUAUAUAAGCAUGUCAGAUCCGACCUGGAUCCGCGCAGACCAAUUAUCGUCGUCGGUUUGGAGAUACACACACGAGAUUCGGGUGCCACUGGCAGUGCGACGCAGUAACAUCGCUGAGAUUUGAUCGACGGGGCGAGAUGAGACCGCAGCUCGCUAUUGUUCUGCUGGCCGUCGUCUGCACGUGCAACGCCGCACGGCUGGACAACACUUACCUCCCACCUGGCAGCGCUGGAAGCGCGGGUGGAGCAGGAUUUAUUCAACCCCCGGGACGUGGAAGCGGUGGUCCUUUUAAAGUCAGUGGUCCGCUUGGACCAGGCGGUCCCGGUGGCCCUGGCGGACACGGAGGAUUCGGCGGACCUAGUGGACCAGGCGGUCCCGGCGGGCACGGCGGAGGUUUUGGUGGACCUAGUGGACCUGGAGGAUUUGGUGGACCCAGUGGACCUGGAGGAUUUGGCGGACCUAGUGUAUACGGUCCACCUAGUGGACCUGGUGGACCUGGUGGACCUGGUGGACCUGGUGGUCAUGGCGGAUUUGGUCCUGGGGGUGGCGGCGGUUAUUCUGGUGGUGGACCUGGUGGUGGUGGUGGUGGAUCGCGAGGACCUGGCCAGGAUAUACCCAUCAUUUCUUUCAAUAACGAGAACGCCGGCGACGGAAACUAUCAGUUCAGUUACGAAACCGGAAAUGGCAUUACCGUACAAGAAACAGGUCAUCAGCAAGGAGAUUCCGAGUCCGUGAGUGGAUCCUUCUCCUAUACCGGACCUGAUGGUGCGCAAUACUCGAUUACUUACACGGCCGACGAGCAGGGCUUCCAUCCACAGGGCGCUCAUCUGCCGACACCGCCUCCGAUUCCGCCGGAAAUUCAACGGGGCGUUGAACUGGCUCUCGCCGCCGAAGCCAGGGGCGAGAAUCAAGACGGCAGCUAUUCGGGAGAGGGCGGUGGCUAUCCGGGAGGAGACGGCGGAUAUCCAAGCGGAGGAGGCGGUGGCCACGGAGGCGGCUCAUAUCAGGGACCGAAUUCGUACCAGGCAAGUUCAGGCGGUGGAUACCGAUAUUAGAUAGCGAAUUUGCCAGCGAGUCAUCGGUACACACUAUAUAUGCGCAGGACAUGCAUAUCAUAUCUCCGUGUCUCUCCGACUUGUGUACAUAAUGAUAUCAUUCACAUUUUUUUAUUUAUAUAUAUACAUAUACAAAUAUCUUAUUUAUGGAAUGUUUAUUUUCUACCCUUUUUUUUUCUCUUUAAGUCGCUUUUGUAUGUCAGGUACCAAGGUGUUCAACUUCAAAGACGCGCUAUUUUUUUUUCAACUCGAUCUAUAUCAAACAGUACGACUGUGUGAAUUGAGAUAGAUAAAACUGUGCGACGUAUGGAUAUCGCAUAUUAUUCUUGUAAUGUGCUUUUAUAUAAAAAAA